AAAGAAAGGAACGAACAAAGUCCGCAGAGGCGGGUUUCACCUUAUCAGCGCUCACUAGGCCAAGUUCCAUGUUCACGUCACUCAGAGUCAGCUGUUGCUAUGCUCAUGACCGCGGCCGACGUUUUUUGGCUGUAUCUAGAGCGACGAUGGCCUCAUCCACCGGUCUGCUGCACAGUGUGACGCCCCCAAGCGUGCCAACAAAACAGGAGAAGUGUUACGACCCUCAUGACCCAACGCUCAAAUUUGUCGAUAAAGAGGAUGAUUUGGACUUUUUGUGUGAAGGCUUCAAAUCUCUCAGAGCUCAGAUGUCCUGUGGUCACGUUGUGACCCCGACCUCUCUCACCAACUGGUGUCGCAGGUUGUUGGACCAGGGUGAAAGCAGAUUUGUGUGUGGCGGGUCUGGUUGUAGUGCUGAGUGGAGUUUUUCAGAGGUUUGUAAAAUGGCUCUGCUGACCCCUGAAGAAACUGAGCAUUUUCAGAAGACUUUGGCAGUCAACACUAACAGGCAGACACUUAUUACUAAAGCAUGUCCUGGAUGCAGAUCCACUUUGAUGAGAGAGAAUGGAUCAGACUUGAAUGUCCUUUGUAAAGUGUGCACAGCAGUAAAAGGACGGCCGUUUGAAUUCUGCUGGCAGUGUUUGAGGGAGUGGAAGGGUGCACGGCCUCGGAAGGACCGCUGUGAAAAUUAUGGCUGCUGCAACCAGUCACUAAAAGUACUACAAACCUGCCCAGAUAUCACAUUUGAUUCUGUGAAGGAAGUCCACGGGUGUCCCUCUGUACGUGCCUGUUUCACCUGUGGCUUCCUAGUGGAGCACAAUAAGAAGUAUUGUAAAUCGCUUGUUUGUCCUCGAUGUAAGGUGAAGUUCUGUUUUGUGUGCCUGAAGAUCUUCACUGAAUGCAUGAAAACAAGUGGCCCUUAUGCAGCAUGCUCCAGUGGUGUAGCUCCCAGACAGACAUUGAUACCUGUAUGGAAGAAGAAAUAAUUAAAAAGACACAAAGCUCCCAAGUUUCACUUUUAAUGUGUGAAUGCCUUUUCUCUAAUGAUAUACAAUGCUGUGU